CUACCCAGAGCUACUCCUACCUUGAGGCUUGAACUCUCCAGCGGCCAACGCAGUUUUGCCAAACUACAACGUUGCUGUCUUCGCUCUUCUCUGUUUCUGUGUUUUCGUGUUCGUCGCGCCUUUCCUCCUAAGGUUCGUCGAUCAAUCCUUCUAGAACCUGCCUGCUCUUCGAUUUUGAUUUUAUUCGUUUGUUUCCUGGGAAAAUGCAUAUACAGAGAGUCAUCGCAGCUUUGCUUUGGUUUAAACUGCUGAUGAGCCUUCCUCUUAAGCUGCCCUACCACCUCCCUUCCGUUUCUCGUUUUGAGUGGUUGCAGAGUGUUCCGCUUCAUAUUUCGCUUGAAAGCAAGGUUUUUUAGGUUACUGGACAUCCCUCUGUUUUCUGUAUGCGUAAUUAGGCUAGUUCGUCAAUGGAAGUAGCAAUGCCUAAAGGGAGAGAACCCCUAAUUUUGUCUAUGUAAUUACAGUUUCAGUCGGAGGCAGACUGCACUGUAUUCGUACCAUAGGUUAUUUCUGAAGGAAAUAGAUUAUAUCGUGGGACUUGUCGUCGUUAUUAUUAGGGUUAAUAUUUUCGUAUGGCCUGAACUUUGACCAAAAUAAACAUCCUGGCCAAUCUUUUUGAUCUAUAAUAUCCUGGCCCGAACUAUACACCAAAAUAAACAAUUUGGCCAAACCCGAUGUUUGACCGUUAACUUGGACGGUCAAACGCGUUGACUAACGGUCAACGCGCCACGUCACUGCCAAGUCAGAAGAUUUGAUAAAUAUUUAAUUUUUUCGUUUUUUAUUUUUUGUUUAACUAAGGUAUUAGAUGAUUUUUUUUUAAUUUAUAAUAAUUUAAAAUUAGAGAAUAUGUGGAAAUUGUGAAUUAUUUUAAAUAUUUUAUGCUGACUUGGCAGUGACAUGGCGCGUUGACUAACGGUCAACGCGUUUGACCGUCCAAGUUAACGGUCAAAAGUCGGAUUUGGCCAAAUUGUUUAUUUUGGUGUAUAGUUCGAGCCAGGAUGUUAUAGAUCGAAAAGAUUGGUCAGGAUGUUUAUUUUGAUCAAAGUUCAGGCCAUACGAAAAUAUUAACCCUUAUUAUUAUUAUUAUUUUUUAAUGACUUGUCUGCGUUAUACGUAAUGGGACCUUUAGGUUUUUGGGUUAAGCAAUUGAAGCUUUACAUUUGGGAAAUGUAUAUGGUGCUCAGUUGCUGGUCAACUUUUGUGGCAGAAUGAAAAGUUUCAGUGUAUGAUGCUUUACUGAUAUACUUGAGAUGAAUGGCAACUAAUAGAGUUGUUACAUUCGUAGCAGUCAACUGUAGUUAUUCUUUUCACUUUUUGAUCUUACCAUGUUUGAUCUAUCAACGCAGUGCUGCCAAUAUGUAUACGGCUAAGCAGAAGAUCCACAAAGACAAAGAUGUGGAACCUUCCGAGUUUGAGGAGUCUAUUGCUCAGGCGUUCUUUGAUAUGGAGAAUACCAACCAGGACCUGAAAAGUGAGCUGAAGGAUCUUUACAUCAACUCUGCAACCCAAAUUGAUAUCUCAGAGAGCCGGAAGGCAGUUGUGAUUCAUGUCCCUUAUAGGCUAAGGAAGGCCUUCCGAAAGUCUCACCUUCGGAUAGUGAGAGAGCUUGAGAAAAAGUUCAGUGGAAAGGAUGUCAUGAUCAUUGCUACCAGGAGGAUAGUAAGGCCCCCCAAGAAGGGUUCAGCUGCUCAAAGACCACGCAGCCGCACGCUCACUUCUGUCCAUGAAGCUAUGCUGGAGGACAUUGUGUUGCCUGCUGAGAUUGUUGGCAAGCGCACGAGAUACCGCCUUGAUGGAUCCAAGAUCAUGAAGGUGUACCUCGACCCGAAGGAAAGGAUUAGCACCGAGUACAAACUAGAAGCAUUCUCCAAGGUUUACCGAAAGCUUACAGGCAAGGACGUCGUCUUUGAGUACCCGGUCACUCCCGAUGCAUAAGGAUGUUAUAGCUAAGCUAUUUGUUUGUUCUGGGAGGCUGGAGGUUGCUAUCUAGUAUUAAGACCUCCUGUUUUGAGGAUAUGGUACUUCAGUUUUGUUGCUAUUUGUCCCCGAUUUUCUGUUUAUGUUUACAGUGGGUAACCAGUACAAACUUCAAAGAGGUUUUUGGCUUUUUUAUGUGAUCAAAUGUUUCACAUAUCGUUCAUGAGACUGUCUAUGAUGCUUGGUUGUCAGAAUUUUUCUGAUCUGAUUUGCUGUGAUGUGAAAGUGUAAAUUAGGCUUUGUGUGAAGUUCCUAUUGAAGGAAAACGCACCUUUCCUUACAGCUUGCUGCCAUAUUGACCCAAGCGGUUCUGGGCUGGGCUGGCCUGGUUGUUAUACUUAUAUCUUUGAUUACACCGAGCAGAAGUGCACGUGAGCCACUUGUAAAUGUCACUCGACAGAUCAGAAAAAGUGGUGGUGGCGUCGUGUGGGGAGGAUGCUUUGCUCUCAGCUAAGCUCGCUUUCCUCUUGAUUGAUCCCUUUACUAGUGCCAAACCAAGGUGGCCAAGACAGCUCAUGAAACCACCAUCGCUAUAUCAGAGCAUUUAUUUAUGGUAUAGGAGAAGCAAGUUUCCUUUUUUGUACCGAGAGAAAUAUCUCUAGAAGGUAGAAAUCGAUUAUCAAGAACCGUCGAUCUCGUGUCAAUAUGGUUUAAUUUAAAGUAUUUUAAAUUUCUAGAAAAGAGUUUCGACUUGGUAAUACAUUUUUCAUUCAAGU